AUGGUUAAAUUCUACGAAUCCACCUUUACCUACGACUACUCCUUCCCCGCGGUAACGCUCGCAUACUUCUUGCGAUAUCCGAAUCCGUAUAGCACACACGUGCUCUCCACCGAUGUUAUUUCGCGUGCCAUCGACGGCGCAGGGCGUCUGCAGACUACGCGGAUUCAUCGAAAGUCCUCUCGGCUCCCUCCUGCCGUGCUGAAGCUGCUGCCCAAAAGUGUGUCGGGCAAUGUCAGCGGCGGCCGGUCUGAAAGCUAUAUCUUGGAGACUAGCACAAUCGAUGUCAAGGAGGGCUGGAUGUGGACGGAGAGCAAGAACCUCGAUUGGACUGGUAUUCUGAGCGUGAUUGAGAAGCAGGAGUAUCAGCGGCAGAUCCCAGUUGAUGAGGGUGAUGAUUUUAGCGUUGGGGCUGGCACCACCGGCGUGGUUACAACAGUUAUGUUUAAGAGUCGGCUGGGUGAUCGAUUGAGAGCUAGGGCAACAAGGAAGGGCGAGGCGGCUGUUGCAGAUGCAGAUGAUGAACCCAAGAAGGGGUUCUUGGCGAACUGGAGCAAGACCGGAAUCCAACGCAGCAUCGAAGCCAUUGCGAGUCGAAAAACCGAGAACCAACUGGGCAAGAGCAAAGAGGGUAUGAUGGUCGUCCUUGAAAGAUUGCGGAGUGGCGGCUUAGUCGGUGUCCUUGAGGGAAUGAGAGAGGAUAGGAAAUCGAUGUACGGCCAAGAAGGGAAAUAA